AUGCCGGAAAAACAACAACAGACAUCAUCCGAAUCAUCAUCAUCACAACAACAACAACAAAAACAACCGCACAUUAUGCGUUCUCAUAUAUUCGUGCGGGGCAGCGUGCAGGGCGUCUUUUACCGCAAACACACCGUUCAGGCAGCGAGGGCCCGCGGGGUUCGUGGAUAUGUGCGCAACCUGCCGGACGGCCGCGUGGAGAUCGUCGCCGAGGGCCGCAGGGAGGCGGUGGAGAGUCUUGUGGAGUGGUGCCGCGUGGGGUCGCCCAAGUCCUCCGUGGAGGGCGUGGAGGCUGCGGUGAUAACGGAUAGUGCGACAGAGUACACCUUCACUGGGUUUGAUGUGCGGCACUAA